UGCACUACGGUCUGUAGUAGCCGUUGACGGCUCUUGUAGUGACGGAUCAAGUUCUCCUGUAAUAUUUUUAUUUUGUUUUGUGGAAAAAGAAAAAGGAGUACAAGUAAGCCGCUUUACACACGUCAAUCUACAGUAUCCCCUCUCUGGUUUUAUAAUAUAAAUACAUUUGUAGUUUCAGCGAGCAAGCUAGGGUAAACGUUACUUUAUAGCACCAGCGUGAGCAAUAAGCUAGUGUAGUAAGCUAACGUGAUUACAUUAUUCUGCCGUACAACCUCGAGACAAGUCGGGACAAGACCAGUCUCAGGGCUCACCAUACUCAAUGAGCGGACAGCGCAAUGUCAGAGCGCUCUGGGCAAACUGCAAAGGGGAAGGAUGGCAAAUCCAAGUAUGCGUCUCUCAACCUGUUUGAUACCUACAAAGGAAAGAGCCUUGAAGCACAAAAGCCUGUUGUUCCCCCCCGCCAUGGCCUUCAGUCUCUUGGUAAAGUUGCCUCUGCGCGGCGCAUGCCACCCCCUGCCAGCCUGCCCAGUCUGAAGGCAGAGAACAAAGGCAACGAUCCCAACGUCUCGCUCGUUCCAAAAGACGGCACAGGAUGGGCAAGCAAGCAGGAACCAGCAGACCCAAAGAGUACCGAUGUAUUGUCAGCACCGCAGCUGGAGUCGCAGCAGCCUGUGGUUUCACAGACGCCUGCACCGACCCGCCCGAGAACCCCGCCAACUCCAGAGGUUCCACCUCCGGUUCCGGCCACGGUUUCAGCCCAGGCCGCAGGGGCAAGGUCCUGGGCUCAGGCCAGUGUUACACAUGGAGCACAAGGAGAUGGUGGAAAGGGAUCAAACCAACGGUCGCCAUUCUCUCGCGAGGAAUUUCCCACCCUGCAGGCGGCUGGCGACCAGGAAAAAGCUGGCAGGGAACAGGGCACUGCAGAUCAGUUGUAUGGGCCCGGACCAAGCCUCCGCCCCCCGAACAUGACGAGCUGGCGGGACGGUGGGGGCCGUGCCCUGGCGCCCACCGGAGAGGGGGUCGCAGAGGGUGGCCCGGGCGGGGUGCUGGCGAUAGAGGGGGCUGCCAGUGGUGGCCAGGCAGGCCCCCCUCCUCUCCAGCAGCAGCAAAACCUCCAGUCCCAUGGGCUGCCUAGGAAUCCCCCCGCUGGCAGCCCUGGCCUGCCCCAGCCCCCCAUGGGCCCUGGGUUCCCCCAGUACAGAGGGAUUAUGCCUCCAUUUAUGUACCCGCCCUUUCUGCCCUUCCCGCCUCCCUACGGCCCCCAGGGGCCCUACAGGUACCCUCCUCCUGGUGAGGCCCCUCCCAGGUUUCGCCAGCAGGGUCAGGACGGCCGCGGGCGUCCCCAAGGCGGUCCCCGUGGUGGGGGAGGAGAGAUGGUGAAGCGACCCUCCAUUCUGAAGCAGGAUGACCUGAAGGAGCUAGAUGAACUAGACCACCAGGACGGAGACGAGGGCUGGGCAGGGGCACACGAGGAGAUCGACUACUCGGCCAAGUUGAAGUUCAGCGACGAUGAAGGAGAGGAAGAUGAGGAGAGGAACGAGAGACCCGAGAGGAGUGAAAGAAGCGAGAGCAAAAACGGUGCACGGGAGAUGCAAAGGUCUCAGGAAGGUCCCCCUCAGGUGGUGCAGCGCUCCCGAGUCUCUGACAGCGGAGUGGACAGGGACACCCGCCGCACCCCUCCCUCCAACGCUGACCACGACGGCCCCCCACCCCCCUCCAGCAAGCCAGGAUGGGCCGAGGAGGGGGGCAAGAGCGGCUGGGGGAGCCAAGGCGCCCAUGCCACCUACCAGGGGCGUAGGCCUGGACUGGGUGGGUCCCGGGAGCAGCUCCCCCACCCACCAGGGCCUCUCCUCCACCAGGGACAGGGGCCUUACUCCUACUACCGACAGGACCGCAACUCCCCUAAUCAGUCCAGCCCGGUGGUAGCCCCUGAAACUGCCUCACUGGCCCCCGGGAAGGUCGCCCCCUCCUCGCAGCUCCAACAGCAGCAGGCUACUUCCCCCGUCCCCGGAGGCCCCACCCCUCCACCUCAGACGACUGGCCUGCUGGCCCCGCCCACCGGCGAAGAUGAAGAGGAGACAUGGCGCCAGCGCAGGAAGCAGUCCUCCUCAGAGAUCUCGGCCGCUGUUGAACGCGCCCGCCGGCGCCGCGAAGAGGAGGAGCGUAGGAUGGAGGAAGAGCGGCGUGCGGCCUGCGCUGAGAAGCUGAAGAGGCUGGAUGAGAAGGCCCAGCAGGGUGGUGGUGGGAGCAGCGGAGGCUCCAAGCCCCCCAGUCUGGACGGCAACUCCACCACGGCCGGAAGCCCCAGCCCUUCCCUGUCGGCCUCAGCCUGCUCCCCCAACAUCAGCCAGCCCCCGUCCCCCUGCGUGGACCUUGAGGAGCCCCCCCUGGCUGCCCAGACUGUUACCAGGGACCUAGUGCCAGGGCCCAGUCCCACCGACAGACAGAGGGCCAAUAGCAAUAGCAGCUAUGACUCCAAUGCUGACACCCAGGUGUGUCCCCAGCUCCCUACUCCCCAGCUGCAGCAGCCCCCUCUGGAGGUCCUGGUGCCUGGGGAAGGGAAGGAGGAGAUCCUAGAUAGUGCUCACGUCCGCAGCGGAGGAGGUGGUGGAGGAGUGGUAGACCCAGUGAAGGUAGAAAGCAUGGGAGGAGGAGCAAGUCGCCAAGCCAGCGGCCCCCCGGGACAGGGCUACUCCAAGUACCAGAAGUCCCUGCCUCCCCGCUUCCAGAGACAGCAACAGGAGCAGCUGAUGAAGCAGCAGCAGCAGUGGCAGCAGCAGCACAGCCAAGCAGCCCAACAGAGCCAGCAGCAGCUCCCACCCCAGCAGCCUCAGCAGGCCCCCCAGCAGCAGGGCCCUUCUCCGGGGGCCACCACUCAGACCCAGUGUCCCAAGCAGCAGCAGUCAGGGUCCCUUCAGUACCCGCCACAGGGCUCCAUGGGCCGCGGCCCCCUGCCCAUGAACUUUGACCCGCGCUGGAUGAUGAUGCCCUACAUGGACCCCCGGAUGAUGCAGGGGGGCAUGCAGGGUCGACCUCCAGGGCCCAUGGACUACUACCCGCCCAACAUGCAACAUGCAGGGAUGAUGGGGCGAGAGCGCUCCGAUUCGGGGGGCUCUGGUUCGGACACCUUUGACAGGCAGCAGCACCCGGGACACCCCAACCGUGGGACACCUCCCAUGGAUCCCAAACUGGCCUGGGGGCCUGAGGUGUUCCCUGGGGGCAGCGAAGGCAGGGGACUGAGCUCCCCUCUGAGACAGAAGCAGGCACUGGAAGAGGAUGAUGUCAGUGGUAAAGGGCCUAGGAGUGAUACCCCUCCAGUACGUGGUAUGCGAGAGGGAGGGCCAGGCCCCAUCCAGCAGCCCAACUCUGUUUCGGGCUCCUCCAACCAGACCCCACCCCCUGUGGGCACUCUGGUGGGGGGCCAGGGAGGAGGCAGCCACCACCCCCACCACCACCAGUCCUACAUGGGUGGCCGGGGCAACUACAGCAACUUUCCCGACCAGGGCUCCCGCAUGGCCCUACACCAGCAGCAACAGAGGGGGAGUGGUGGAGGCUUCAGCCACCAGGAUGAGGGCCAGGGCCACAAGGGUGGCCAGCAACAGGGCCAGGUCUGGGGGGCCCCCCACCCCCACUACGACCGCAAUGGGCGCACUGACCUCUCCCCCCUGGAGAAUAACAACCUCCACCACCCUCAACACCAACAACACCAUGGUCAUCAACAACACCAAGGCCCCUCCCACUUUCCCCUCCACCCCCACAAGCCCGAGAAUGGCCGCGGUGAGAGAGGAGGCGAAGCCCCCAAGAAGGGUGACCCCUCGCCCCCACUCCAACAGCCGUCCCUCUCCUCCUGCUCAUCCUCCUCCUCGUCAUCCUCAGCCAGGGACGACGGCAGCGGCAAGGCGGUCGUGCAUCUCCUCCCACCUCAGCGCAAGGCUGACACAGGAACCGGGCAGAGACAUGAUGCAGGAAGCAGCAGAGAGAUGAAGCAGGAUAAGAUGGGCCACAGCCACUCUCAGUCCUCUGUGACGUCUCAGCAGUCCCAGCAGCAGAGGCAGGGCCAGGAGCAGCACCACCACCGUGAUCCUAAGCCCAACCAGCGGGAGCGAGGGGGGAGGGAACACAAGACUGAGACCCAGUGGGGGCCACGGCCCGGCAGCAGCAACGCAGGAGGCCCCUCGAACAACAGGAGAGGAGGGAGCGGAAACAACCGCGGAGGGGAGGAUUCAUCCAAUCACCCAACAGCGUCUGACCACAACAAACCUUCCGGUGGCAGCAACACCAAUAAGAGGGCAGGGCCUAUCAAGAGGCCUGUGCUGAAGGAGAUGAAAAGAGAGGGUGGGGAGGGCGAGGGAGGAGAAAAGACCAGCGGAGGAGGCUCUGGAAAAGACAAAGACGGAGGCAAUUCAUCAGUCAAGCAGGAAACAUCCUCCGGCCCACAGAGCUCCUCUGCAGUGUCUGGUAAAGAAGAACUGGCUCAGACCGGUCCCAAACCCAGAAACGGAUGGAAGGACCGAGCGGCGAACGAACGAGGAGGAGUGGGCAAAGGUCCCAAAGACGGUGUCAACCCCACCCCCUCAUCAGGGUACUCCGGCCCCCCAUCCAAUAGGCGGGACAGAGAGCGCUCGUUGGAGAGGGGCGGGGGCGCAUCAUACCACGGCGGCUCGGCCCGUGGUAGCAGAGCCAGCCGAGGACGAGGUGGCGAGUUCUACGGGCGUGGCCGAGGUUACCGGGGCACUUACACGGGCACGGCCGGGGGUGGCAGUGUUAGCCGUGGCAGGGCAGCAGGCAGCAGGAGCAGCCGGGACUACCGAGCUGGCGGCGGCUACCACCAAGAAUUCAACGACGAGGCAUCGGGGGCAAGGCGCAACCGAGGGGGGUCGCAAGCCAACCCGGGGCGUGCCCGUAACCACAGCGAGACCCGCAGCGAGGGUUCAGAAUACGAGGAGGUCCCCAAGAGGAGGAGGCAGAGGGGGUCGGAGACGGGCAGUGAGAGUGCCGCCAGCGACCUGGCCCAGUCGGACAAGGAGGACCGCAAAUCCAGCACCAAGAAUGGCAGUGGCACAGAUAACUUUACCAGUGGCGGCUCCGCCCCAUCCAGAGGCUCCCAGGCCCGGGUGUUCACCCCCAGAGGGGUGCCCUCUAGGAGGGGUAGGGGGGGUGGCGGAGGAGGAGGAGGUGGCAGCAGCAUCUAUAGAAGUGGUGGAGCCGGAGGAGGAAUGGCUGGAGGUCACAGGUCAGGAUCCAGGGCCGACCCUCAAGGCUGGGCCUCCAAGUCCUCAGCCUCGGUCCGCAAGCAGCAGGGCCCAAUGCAGUCGUCUGCACCCAAAGACACGGGUCGUGGAACCGGUGGGGAGGAGAAGUCAGUGGACGGAAGCCAAGCUCAGAAUCAGGGAGGAGCAACCCCUCCACAAUCUAUCCUUGCUGCACCUACUCCAGCCCCACAGGGCUCCAUGGAGAAUGGAGGAGUUGGGACCCAGCAGUCCACAGCUAAUCCCACUACCAACUCCAGCGGGCCCCUUCCUCUCUCUGGCUCGGACGGGCGUGGCUUUCCUUGCGUCCCCCAGGAUGGCUUUGAGCGCCCCCCGAGACGCCGUCGCCACGGACGCUCCCAACACCAACAGGACAAGCCACCGCGCUUCCGCAGGCUGAAGGAGAGAGAGAACGCCGCUCGCAUCAACGGAGGAGGACGACCCUCCUCGCCCUGCCAGAAUUACAUUCAGGAUGUCACUGACGGCGCACACAAAGCGGUGCCCUCGACCGGCACUGCCCCCAACGCUAACCACAUUGCGACCACAACUACCAACAACAACAUCAGUACCGGCACCCAUCUUGGAAGCUCUAACACAAACAGUCACCACCAUCACUACAACCAGGGCAACUCUGGUCCUGCCCACUCUCAGCAGCACCACAACCCAGCAGGAGGCGCCAAAUCCCCUGACUUCUCUAACCAGAACUCAGACCAGGCCAAUGAGGAGUGGGAGACCGCCUCCGAGAGCAGUGACUUCACCGAGUUCCGGGAGAGGGAGGGAGGAGGAGGGAAGUCCUAUUCCUCCCAUCACCAUCAUCACCCACCCGGAAGAGGAGGUGGAGGUGGGGGAGGGGUCGGAGAGCGAGAGCGAGAGAUGACUGCGAAGGAGCAGGCGGCAAACAAGAGAAGCUUCUCCAGCCAGCGUCCCGGUAUGGAGCGACAGAACAGGAGGGUCAACGCUGGAGGAAGAGAGGGAGGUGGGGGAGGAAGAGGCCCACGGGGCCCGCCCAGUGGGGGAGGAGGCGGAGCUGGAAACGGAGGGGGCCAACGCGGUGAGCGCCGCGGAAACUGGCCCUCCCCCAAAAACAGGAAGUGAAGUAGAAGAUCUGAAAACAUUUCAAAUGCAUCCCCCUGCCCCACCCCUCUUCUUUAUCCCUUUCUGUAUCUAUUGUUCCCUCAGCCUCUUACCUGUUCUCAUCCCUUAACAUAUUAGCACAUAGUUAUGGAGACUGUGUACACACGUUUAAACCCCCCCCUCGCUUCUUUCUCCAUCCAAUUGCAAUCUACCGUCCGUUAUUGUAGUGUCAACUCUGCUCCCUCCCUGUCAUGUCCCCCCACCCUACAGAAUUCCACCCAAAUUUAGGUUUGAUUAGACACCCUUGUUCGUUUCGAACACACACCUCUUUUGACUGAGAACAUAACUACAAAAAACAUGUUUGCAUUUACAAGCACAAUAUGACAUAUAACAGACAUACACAACCACGCGCAGUAGUGUGUGUACGCAGUGUGACAUGUCAUGAUAAGCAUGUUGGAGGAAUUGGCUAGCCAGGAGAAGGCAGAUUUUUAUAUUGAUGUUACCUGUGUAUAUUUCUACCAUGCUUUUGGUUGGGGUGGUAUUCGGUAGGGCAGUUAACUUCAUUAUAUUUUCCCACAUGGGGUGGGGGGGGGUUUCAGGUUCUUCUUUCAACGAGAACAAUUGUACCAUAGAUUAUAAUAAAAAUUCUCUACCUUGUUUUUUUCCCUCCUUGGUCAGUUUUGUUUCCCCCCCCCCUUUAAAAACUUAGGUAUGUGUAUUUUUUUCUUCUACAAAGCAGGUCAUUAAAAUACCUUUUUAUACAACUCCCCCCACCUCUUGAGUUUUUGAUCUCCUGAUCUGUUUAAUUACUGUGACAGCCACAGUAGACCAGUUGAAAUACUACUGCUCACCCAUCCACACUCUCCUCACAUUGAUUGUAUCUCGAAUAUCAAUGUCUUUGCUGCUUGUUCAGAACUAGGCUGUGUGAUUGAGUUUUUGUUGACCUGCUCUUAUUACUUUCCAAUGCUCUUUUGGUUCUGUUAGAUAAAAGGCUCUCUCAACAUAGCAUUCUCUUCUCUGUUUUGCAGAAGAUUCUCUCCUGUUCAUUUUGAAGUUUGUUUACCCUAAGAAUACUGAAUUGAUAGCUUGAAUGCUUUAUACACACACACACACACACACACACACACACACACACACACACACACACACACACACACACACACACACACACACACACACACACACACACACACACACACACAUAC